AAAAUGGCACAGCAUUACUUUUGCAGGUCUUUUGUCCUUUAUGGCAAAAACAACAAGGAGUCCGGUGGCACCUUAAAGACUAACAGAUUUAUUUGGGCAUAAGCUUUCGUGGGUAAAAAACCUCACUUCUUCAGAUGUCCUUUAUGGUAUAAGACUUUCUAGAUGUGGUAACUGUGUUGCACAAUGUGGACUUCCUGUAACAGAAUCUCUUGAUUAAAUAGGUAAUGGAGGUUUCCAAAGUGAGGCAAUCAGUUUUCUGAUUUAAUCCUCUAGACUUGCCUGUACUUGCAGUCAUUUGAGCAACUAACAAGCUUCAAACAUGGUCUAUUCCCAGCCUCAUGUUUACGCUACAAUUUUUGCUUUGUCUGUCCUUAAGGCCUGUGCUUUGGACAGCUACAUUGCAGCAGUGUAUGAGCACUCAGUUAUAUUGUCAGAGGACACCAAAAUACCUGUUUCUCCUGAAGAUGCUUUGAUGCUGAUGAACAAAAAUAUGGAUGUUUUGGAAGGGGCCAUCAAAGCAGCAGCCCUGCAGGGUGCACAUAUUAUUGUGACUCCUGAAGAUGGUAUUUAUGGCUGGGUUUUCACAAGAGAAACCAUUUACCCCUAUCUUGAGGACAUCCCAGAUCCACAGGUGAACUGGAUUCCAUGUACUGACCCUGACAGAUUUGCUCCUGCACCAGUGCAGGAAAGACUCAGCUGCAUGGCAAGGAGCAAUGCGAUCUAUGUGGUUGCCAAUAUUGGAGACAAGAAGCCAUGUAAUUCCAGUGAUCCCAAGUGUCCCAGCGAUGGUCACUAUCAGUAUAAUACUGACGUUGUCUUUGAUUCAGAAGGGAAAUUGGUGGCACGCUACCAUAAGUACAACCUCUUUGUGACAGAAACUCAGUUUGAUUACCCUAAGGAGCCAGAGUUUGUCACUUUCAAUACAACCUUUGGAAAGUUUGGCAUUUUCACUUGUGCGGACAUACUUUUCCAUGAUCCUGCUGUGGUCCUGGUGAGCAAGUUACAAGUGGAUACUGUGCUGUUCCCAACAGCUUGGAUGAAUACUCUACCACUUUUGUCUGCUAGCCAGUUCCACUCUGCAUGGGCUAUGGGAAUGGGCGUCAAUUUUCUUUCAGCGAAUACACGCAACUCCAGUUUAGAUACGACAGGGAGUGGCAUCUAUGCACCAAAUGGACCCAGGGCAUUUCAUUACAAUACAGAAACAGAGAACGGUCACCUCCUGGUUGCAGAGCUGAGUUCACACCCUCGUCUUUCUCCCACUUACCCUAUUGCUGUCAACUGGAGCUCGUAUGCCACAAGCAUAAAACGAUUCUCACCAGAUGACCGUAAUUUUAGCGGAGUCAUUUACUUUGAUAAGUUCACCUUCACUGAACUCACUAAGCCUGAAGGAAAUCGUACAGUUUGCCAGAAAGACCUUUGCUGUCAUUUGAGCUACAGGAUGGUGGAGAAGCAAGAAGAUGAAGUAUAUGUGCUAGGUGCUUUUGAUGGCCUUCAUGUUGUUGAAGGAGAAUACUAUUUGCAGAUAUGCACACUACUGAAGUGUAAAAGCACAGACUUGAAAACUUGUGGGCAGCCAGUGGCCACUGCUCACACCAGCUUUGACACAUUCUCUCUCAGUGGCACAUUUGGCACUAGCUACAUCUUUCCAGAAGUCUUGCUCACUGGGGUUCAACUGGCGCCUGGUGAAUUUCAGGUAUUAAGUGAUGGACGUCUGAUAAACCAGAAUGGCACUUCUAAACCAGUCCUGUCAGUGACACUCUUUGGAAGGUGGUAUGAAAAGGACCCCCCACACCCACAACAGGCUUUCCCAUGAUGUGGCUAUUGAUGCUUUUCUCAGAAUAGGAACGUCCUGUAAUGUUAAUCUGUGUUAACUAUAGUCAUUAUCUAGUAUCUUAUUUUUCAUAUUCUGCAAUCUAAAUAUAUUCUGUCUAGUUAGUGCACGUUACAUUAUUGACACGAUUCCAUUACAAAACCAAUUAAUUGGACAGCAGCUCUGCAUCUUUAUUAACUGUUAGCCUCUACUUGCUACUGGCUUGAUUUUGCUGCCAUUCAAACUCAUAGAAAAACUUACACUAACUUUAAUAUGGCGGGAUCCAGCUCUUUAUCAGCAGAUAUUGGCCUGAGCAACAAAACUCACUUUAGAACCUGGAUUUUUAUCCCCUUAAAACUUUUACUUUAGGAGUUGGGGUAAAGGUCACCUCUGGGAUUUUGUUCAGGUCCACAUCUAAACAAAACUGUUGAUAAAUCAGAGAUUCAUGUAAACUAUUAAUUAGAUCCAUUCUUCUGAGUUGUCAAUCCAAUACCUUCCAUGAAUACUGUAAUUAUUUUGAAAAAGAGAAAAAAUUGAAAUCCUUCAAUUAGAUAAUGUAGUUACAUUUUCAAAUAAACAUUCCUUUUAAUAGACUAUCCCAUCACACCAAAUUAUAGUUUCAAAUGAUUCUGUUUUCCAUAUACAAUGCAUUUUCCCUGAGCAUUGUACAUUGAGCAUAUUUUAAGUAUGUGGUAAAUAUGCUUAUUUUAAAAAUGGCAAUACUGUAGUUGUGCUAUAGUUUUCAAACAGCGAUCUGUACCCAUGCAAAAAGUCCUGAAAAUGCCAGGAAAUGUGCAAUAAUGUACAUGCAGGUCUAUGUACCCUCAUAUUUCUAUUGCACCCAUCACUAUCAAAAUAGCAAUAUAAAAAGGAUUUGGGUGUGUUCUGUUGAAUGUUCUGUGUUUUUUAGGGUCCUACAUAUACUUGACUUGUUUUAGUUGUUCUGUUGUAGUCCGUGUACUCAUGUGUGUAACUUCAUAUGUGUAAGUGUUCACAUGAGUGGGGCCUAUACUUUACUGGAAGUAGGACAUGUGAACUUCCUUUUCCUGGAGUGAUUUAAAUGGGGUGUUUGGUUUUUGAUUUGGUUACUUUUCAAAGUGAUUUAAAAUAUCAGUAUCCAUUUUUUUAUUAUAAUUAACUGCAAUUGUUUAAGAUUAAAAAA